UACCAUGGAACUUGCGGAAAUACGUUGCGCCUGAGAGGCAGCGGUGGAUGCUCAGAGAAAACUGCGCGGUUUGUUUGUCGCAAAAGAAGAAACACGAACAGUUUACGGAUCCUGUUUGUCUCCACGUGACUUGUUUUCUCCCUUGCGCGUGUUUCUGGUGAGUAAAGAUGAGGAGACUUUCCACAGCCAAGAUGUUGACAUGCAACAGCUGAAGAGGUCAAACCCAGUUAAUGUGACGCCCAGGACUUCCUGCAUCUUUUAUCCCUGAGGAACACAAACAGCAUGUUUCUCAACAGAGGAUCUUCCUGGAGUAUAUAACACAUAAAGCAAGAGAGUGUUUAUGGAAAAGCACACCACUCUCUGACUAUGUGACUGGACAAGUUGUUGCUCAGUGGUGUGUGUCUGCUUCUGGACCUCUGCAGUGUUUUCAUACCAAAGUAUGAAGAGUUGUCCGACAUCAAGUUCCUGUGUUUGGGAUCUGUGAAGAGAGGGAAGGAGGAGGAGAGACGGGGAAGCCUGGAGGUUUUCCAGGCUCAGGCUCCUGAAGAUGCUGCAGACUGGUAACUACUCACUGGUGCUGCUGAUCCAGCUCUCGCUGUUGGCCUAUGACCUCUUCGUCAACUCCUUCAGUGAACUUCUGAGGGGAGAGCCUGUCAUCCAGCUCGUGCUGUUCAUAAUCCAGGACAUUGCCAUCUUAUUCAACGUGAUCAUCAUCCUGUUGAUGAUGUUCAACACCUACGUGUUCCAGGUCGGCCUGGUGUCUCUGCUGCUGGAGAGGUUCAGGGCUCUGCUGAUCUUCUCCGCUCUUUACCUGACCCUCAGCAUCUGCUUCCACUGCUGGGUGUUGAAUCUUAGAUGGCUCGACUCUAACCGCUUUGUUUGGACUGAUGGUCUUGAAGCUCUUUUUGUUUUCCAGAGAACAGCGGCAGUGUUGUAUUACUACUUAUACAAACGCACAGCAGAGUACAUGGGAGACCCCCGGCUGUACGAGGACUCUCUCUGGUUACGUGACGCCUUCGCCAGAGCCCGUCAAUGACAAAGGGACAGACUAUAGACGUUGUAACACUGAGCAUCGCCAUGUGCUACACUGCAUUUUGGACUAUUUUCCUUCUAUAUUUGACACUUGGACAGCCUGACACUACUUAACAAAGCAAUUUGGCUGAUGUUGAAUUUUACAGGUUAAGAGGAUGAAGCAAAGUCUAACAGUUUGAGUUAAUUGGUUCUUCGUAGCCAAGCGGGCAGACCAUGGCAAAUGCAGCGUUGUAUUAAUCUGGAUUGAGUGUGAUAAUCUAUGUGGCCUUUGCAAAUCAAUUAGAGUUGUAGACAGUGUAACACAUUGAAAGAAUUGUCUCUGUUCAGAAAUAGUAUCUGUAUUAAACUAUAGUUAUAUGUAGAACUACAUGCAAUCAUAGUUCUGAUGGAAAGGCUGUAUUCCACUGCAAAGGAAGAAACAAGGUGGUUUAUUUUGCCUUUUUUUUAAGACUAGUUUGUUCUGUUUACAUGAUAAAUAAGCCAAUUUCCAUAAUGGGAAACCUGCCAUCUUUGAGUGGGGACCAUUUGAAUUGUGUUCCCGCUGUUUUUAAUAAAUAAUCCUUCUGUAA